AUGCGUGCAUCCUCCCCCAAGCAGCAGCAGGAACAGCAGGAGCAGGAGCAGCAGCAGCAGGAGAAUGAACAGCAGCAGCAGCGGGCAGCAGCUGGCCAUGUCAGCAACGUCGUGUCGACACCUGAUGGUGAUGCACGGCUGGGGUCGUUUCUAAGCACCAAGGCGGACGCCCUCGAGGCAGUGCAGGAGGCGGUGGCAGCGAUCCGCGCGGGGCAGGGCGACGGCUUUGAGCCGGAGCUGGCGCUGGUUUUUGCAGCGGCGGCGUACGGCAGCGGGCUGGAGGAGGUGGUGCCAGCGCUGCGCCAGCUGGUGCCCUCGCUGCGGCACAUCUUCGGCUGCACCUCCUUUGGGGCCAUUGGCAGCACCUCCGACUCGACAGCAGACGCUGAGGGCGUCGCGGGCAUCAGCAUCACCCUGGCCAGCCUGCCGGGGACGGAGAUCAGCGUUACCCACACACUGCGCAGCGGCAUCCCGGACGAAGACGCGUCCCCCGAGGCGUGGUCAGGCCUGGUGGGCCUGAACCCUGGUGAUCCGCAGCAGCCCACGAGCUUUCUCGUGUUGGCGGACCCCAAGUUCCAGCAGACGCGACCCCUCCUGGCUGGACUUGAUUUCGCUUUCCCAGGGGCAACCAAGGUGGGCGGAGUUAUCAGCAGCGGGCAGCGCUACAAGCGCCGCGCCAUGUACGCAUGGUCGGCUGACAUGCCCGUCCAGGCAGGCAGCCAGCAGCGGAAGGAGCUGCUCCAGCAGCAGCGUGCGCGUCAGCAGCUGCCUGACGCACGCGGGCGGAGCGGCCAGCAGCAGCAACGGGAGGUUGAGGCGAGCCAGCCACAGCCACCUCUGCAGGAGCAGCAGCAGCUGCCGGAGGGGGCACAAACUCUGCAGCAGACUCCCCGCCAGGGCAAGGGGUUCCUUGGCUCGUUGCUGAGCAAGCUGACUGGCGGAUCAGGGGAGGAGCCUGUCCCUGCCAGCACCAGCAGCACCUCAAGCGGCAGCACCAGCAGCGGCGGCACCCAGGCAGAGCGGCGGCCCAGGCUGCUUCCCCAGCCAAAGGAGGACGACGAGUGGGGCCACGACAGCGGGCUGCACAUGUACGGGGCGGCGGUACUGGCCCUGCGCGGCAACAUCUACUUUGACCCCAUCACCUCCCAGGGGUACCGCGCAGUGAGCGACCGCGUGUGGCUGGUGGGCCGCACCAACCGCGACGGCAGCGUCAUCUACACGCUCAUCGACCCCUCUGCCCCCGAGAGCGAUGAGGACGGCGGCGAGGUGCCCCCCCUGCUGGCGCUGUGUGAGCUGCUGGAGGCUGGAGGCAUGGGCGGCACAGACGGCGAGCUCAGCGAGACCGAGAU